AUGAGUUCCAUUGUAACAAAUCAAUAUGAAACUACACAAUUGCUUGAUCUAGCCGAAUAUUUUUUUGCUUAUAUUGGUUUAGCAAUUUUAUUACUGGGAACUAUUGGAAAUAUAAUUAAUGUUAUAUCAUUUGCUCGUCUUGAAAGUUUAAAAACUUUAGCAAGUUCAUUAUUUUUACUUACUUCUUUUAUUGGUAGUCAAUGUGUACUAAUAACUGGACUUCUUACACGAGUUAUUCGUGGUUUUACACGUAUAGAUCCGGUUUAUGCAUCUGUAGGUCUUUGUAAAGCUCGUUGGAUGAUAAGAACAACAGCUGGUGCAGUUUCUUUGACUUGUAUAUGUCUUGCAGCAAUUGAUCGAUAUUUUUUCUCUUGUCAUGAUGUACGUCGUCAUGGAUUGAUUACAAUUAAACGAGCACGUUGGGUUAUAUUUAUAUCAAUUUGUUUAUGGUCAGGUAUUUUUUCAUCUUAUGCUGUUUUUUAUACAGCCCCAACUUCAUUAUCUUGUACAAUUGCUGAUCCAAUAUUUGCUUAUUUAGUAUCAUAUUUUAAUUUAUUUCAUUAUAGUAUUUUACCUUUAAGUGUUCUUUCAAUUUUUUGUAUGUUAACAUGGCAUAAUUUAGGACAACAACCGGCAACAUAUUUAAGAGGUGGUGUUCGAUUAUAUGAUCAAGUAACUCGAAUGUUAAUUGCACAAAGUGUUGGUAUACUUAUAACUUCAUUUCCUAAUAUGAUUUGGCAAAUUUAUUCUGUAUCAAGUCAAUCAACAAGAAAAAGUUCUUUACGUCUUGCACAAGAAAAUUUAAUUAAUACUAUUUGUGUACUUAUUGGUUUUAGUACACAUGCAAUAACAUUUUAUGUUUAUUUAUUUGCUUCUUCUACUUUUCGCAAGAAUGUUAAAGAAAUGCUUUUAAGAAAUCGUCAAAUUCAACCAUUAAGUAAUGUUGAUAUUUUUAAAAUAACAAUAACAAAACCAGAUCAAAGAGCAACAUCAGCCAUUUCUUAA